UUAGUCAAAAAAAAAUUUAAAAUAUUAAUUAAAUCAUGGCUCAAAAACGGAAACUUGAAGAAUAUCAUGAUCCGGAUUACCCGCAAAAUAACAUUAAAAUCCCAAAACUUUCAAGAGAAAAUAAUGAAAAAGACACCAAUAAACAACAAAAAAUUUCUGACAUCGUUUCAAAUGAAUUUGAGAAAGAAAUAAAUAACAAAGAGCAAGAGAUUUAUGAAAUUAAUCAUAGAAUAUUUUUAGUAAGAAAAAUGUUGCAUAAAGUUUGCUUUGCUGUUAUAUCUAAUUAUUAUAACAAAAGAAAUUUAAAUCUUGCACCAGAUGAAGUGGUCAAAGCACAAGAAAGUAUAUCUAGACUUUUUAAUGAUGACAAAAAAGGUCUACAAAAUGCCAUUCAUCCUUCUUUGAAAAAAAUUUUAGGAUCCAAUGACGUUAAUUACAGAGAGCUGUUGAAUAGCAGACCAACACGACAAGCUGCUAAAACAGCUCAAUCUACUAUUAAAGAAAAAUUUAAAACCAAAAAAGAAUUAAGAAUUGAACGACUAAGAACAAAGGCAUUAGAGUCUAUUCAAGAAAACGCAACAGUUGAUGAAAGUUCAAAUACAACUACAAUCGUUAGAGAAAAUUUAGAAUCUUUGAAUGUAAAUCAAUGUAAUAUAGCAAAAGAAAAUCCAGUAUCUUUACAAAAACCAUUGGAUAAAGUACAAAAAUUAAAUACAGAUAGAGGAGUUAAUCUCUCUAAGCAAAUAAUAGCUGUUGGUAACACAUCAAAAUUUAUUCAUAAAGAUGAUUUACAUGACAAGAUAACUCAUAAGUGGUUGAUAUAUGUUCAGUCAAAAACUCAUGUUCCUAUAGAAAAAUUUGUAAAAAAAGUUAGAUUUUAUUUACAUCCUUCUUAUAAACCAAAUGUUGUUGAUGUUGAAUCUCCUCCAUUUCAAUUAACACGGAGAGGAUGGGGUGAAUUUCCUGUUAGAAUUCAAUUAUAUUUUUAUUCUAAAUUUCAACAGAAACCAGUUCAAUUCUAUCAUAACUUGGUUUUAGACAAAACUCUAACGGGCUUGCAAACAAUGGGUUCUGAAACAUUGGUGGAGGUUUGGCUUAGGUCAGUUUUAUUUUCUCCUGAAAAACUAGAAUUAUCGGAAAAUAUCUCAGAUAAUUUUCAAAAUUACACAAGUUAUAUAAACGAAAAUAACUUGAAAAUUAAAGAGGAAAAUUUUUCCUCCGACACAAAAAAAAAUUCUUCGAUCUCGCCACUAAUUGAAUACAAAGAUAAUAUAAUAGAUUUCUUAAACGAUAUAGAUCCUUCUAUAUCAACGGAUCCGGAUAACAUAGAACCAACAUUAAUACUUUCACCUUCAACACAUACAAAAUUAAAAAUAUCAGAAGCAAUUAGUUCUCCAAAUACUCAAAUCCAAGGUAUGCAUCAUAUGUAUCCCAGCUUUCAUCCUAAUAUAAAAAGAGAAAACUCUGUGAAUACACCGGAUAAAGAAAAUUUAGUUUUUGAGAACGGUAAUAGAAAUAAAAUUAUUGAUUUUGGUGAUAUUCCAUUAAAUAUCAAGCAAAUUAAUGACAAAUUAAAAGAAACAAUAAAUGAUGGAGUAAAUAUGUUACCCAUAAAAAAAGAGAUCGUACAAAGUAAUAUGCAGGACCAAACUUUGGGUAUAGAAGUAAAACAUAAAGUUGAAGAGAAUGAUAAUUUUGCUAACCAAAAAAGUCAUGUAAUAGUAAGAGAUGGUAAAGUAACCAUAAUAGAUCCGCAUCAAAAUAAAUUAAAAAAACGAAAACAAAUAAGUCUUUUAAAACCUGUGAUAAAACAAAAUACAUCAAAUUUCAAUUCAAUCAACUUGCAAAAAGAUAAAAAUUCAUCCCUUGUUGAUCAUGAUUAUACAUCACCCUGGAAAGACGAAAUUGUUUCAAAUCACCAACCUACAGAAAAUAGAAUAGUAGAAGCGAAUAAAUGUAGUGCAUUUGAUAAUAUAAAGGAACAGUUAGAGGACUCAUCGUUAAGUGGUGAUUUUAUAUCAGUAGUGAUAUCAGACGAUACAAAACAACUAAUAAAUUUAAAGAAAAAGAUUACUUUAACGGUUAAAGAUAAACCAUAUUCAAAUGAAAAGCCUUUCAUUGAUUACCGUGGUCAAUUUGAAUUAAAACUACAUUCAACAACAUUUGCAUCUGAAGAAAACUUAAUUGAGUAUUGUUUAAAAAAUGUGCCAUUAAUAGAUGAUAAAGCCAAUGACGAACAUUAUAAAAUGGCAUUCCCUUUUGUUAUAGAAAAUGCCACUACAUUUAGAACUCUUCUUUUACCAAAAAGAAAAGCUUUAGAGUGGCUUCAAUGCAAAUAUUUCUCCACAUUGAUGAAAAACCACGAUCAAUUUCCAGAAACUUCCUGGUCUACUAAAGAAAUUAUACUGUACGCCCGCUCCUACGGUUUCACAUUACCACAAAAUGUAUGUGCUGUAUCAAGUACACAAAGUAAAGUUUUUAAAAAUAUCAUUUCAAACGAUGAAGAAUCCGAUGAAAUUCAAAGUUCAUCAGAAUCACUAGAACAAAUUUAUAAAUGGAUAAAUGAAUAUAGUAAAAAUUUAGAGAACUCUCGCAAUGCAGAAAAAAUUAAUAUAGAUGAUGAAAGUGAUACACAAAAUAAUGAAUUACAAACAAAAAAGCAUUUAUCUCCAAUAAAAUAUGAACAACAUUCCAUGAUAACACCCAUUGAAGAAAAUUUUGAAAAAGAUUCUAAAUUAAUCAAGGAAAUUUGUCGUGGCAUAAAUAUAGACUUUAAACCUGAAUUAAUUUCUCAAGAUAUCCAUUUUCAUGCUGCAGAAUUAAUGAUAAUAAAAAUAUUUCGAAAAUUUUUAGAGAAUUUAAUACGAAAAUCACUUUUUGAAGGUCAAAAUUUAAGUGAAACUCAAUGCAUUCCUGUUAUUGAAGUAGAACACGUAAAAAAUGCUUUACUUUUGAAUCCAGAAUAUAAAUUUCUAACAAGCAAGAUGCAUAAAAGUAUAGGUGAAAUAAAAAAUGAAACAACUUAAUAGUGAUAACAUUUUUACUGUAAUUAGAACAUUAAAUAUUUAUUUAUUUAAUUUUUUUUUUAAUUUU